AUGUUGCAUAUUACGGCAAUAUAUGGGAGACAGUUCUUUCCCCAAGACAUACCAGCAGAUAAGAUUACGCAUGUGCUAUAUGCUUUUGCAAAUAUUGACCCAGAGACGGGGAAUGUAUUCUUGUCAGAUCAAUGGGCCGACACUGAUAAACAUUUUCAGAGUGACCGUAUAGACAAUGCUGACAGUAACCUCUAUGGUUGUCUAAAACAACUCUACAUUCUAAAAAAGAAAAACCGGCACCUGAAGGUUUUGCUUUCAAUUGGUGGCUGGACUUAUAGAGCAAACUUUGCGACACCAGCUGGGACAGUGUCUGGUCGCUCCAUCUUUGCCUCGUCUGCACUCUCCCUUGUACAGAAUCUUGGACUUGACGGACUCGAUAUUGACUGGGAAUAUCCAGCGGAUGUCACCCAAGCUAAAAAUUUUGUUCUUCUACUUCAAGCCAUUAGGGAUGCCCUUGAUAUAUACGGCAACUCACUUAGUAUGCCAUAUCACUUUCUGCUCACAAUCGCAUGCCCUGCUGGCCCGUCAAAUUAUAAACAGUUGCAAAUAGCUGAGAUGAAUCAGUACAUAGACUUCUGGAAUCUUAUGGUGUAUGAUUAUGUCUUGUCUGGCAGUUCAGAGACAGGCCACCAAGCAAACCUUUUUUCUGCAAACGAUAAGUCUACGCCAUUUGAUACACAGAGUGCAGUCGAAUAUUACAUUUCUAAAGGCAUUGCACCACAAAAUAUAGUACUUGGUAUGCCUAUAUAUGGCCAUGCUUUUGAUGCAACUGCCGGUGCUGGAUUACCAUUCACUAUUGCUAGCUCUGGAAGCUGGGCACCGGGCGUUUAUGAUUUCAAAGCCUUGCCCUUAGCAGGAGCCAAAGAGCAAUUUGAUGAAAAGCUAGGGGUAAGCUAUAGCUAUGAUGCUACAAAGAGAGAGUUUAUUAGCUAUGAUAAUAUAGCAGUGGUAAAUCAAAAGGCGGCGUGGAUUCAGAAAAUGGAACUUGGUGGUGCUAUGUGGUGGGAGAGCAGUGCUGACGCCCUAGGAAGCAAGAGCCUAAUUACGAGCGUCUACUUAGCAUUAGGUGGUAAAAAUGGGUUAGACCUUGACAACACCCCAAACACACUUACGUAUCCAGAUUCGGAUUACGCCAAUAUUCGAGCUGGAAUGCCGGACGUUAGCUCGCCUUCCGAAUACACCUCCACCCUAGCUGAAUCUGCGAUUUUAUCGGCGACAACCUGCGCUAUUACAUUGACAACUACUAUAACUCUAUCCAAUCAGUGCACAUGUACUACGUUUUAG